AUGACUGAAGCUAGAAAACUUAAAAUACUUUGCAUCCAUGGAUACAGGCAGAAUGGCAAAGCAUUCACAGAAAAAACUGGAUCAUUUAGAAAAAUUGUGAAAAAAUAUGCAGAUCUAAUCUACAUUUCAGCGCCCCAUAAAGUUCCUCCUGGAAAUCUUGGCAGUGCUGCAUGGACAACUCAGCCACCAGGUAGUUCUCAAACUGUAGGUCCUGAUGGAGCUGGUGUAACUGAAGGGAAAGACUCAGAUGAGAGAGGCUGGUGGUUUUCUAGAGAAGAUGACUAUUUUAAAUCCACUGACUACAGUGAUAUCUCUAAAGGUUUUGAUGCAUCCCUUCAGAUGAUCAUUAAUAUUCUUGAGAAUGAAAACAGUGGAGGAUUUGACGGUAUUAUUGGCUUCAGUCAAGGAGCAUGUUUAGUGUCAAUUCUGUGUUUGAUACAGCAAAUGGAGAAGAAAAAAUGGUUUAAGUUUGCAGUUCUGUUUUCAGGAUUCAAGAGCCCUUCAUCGAAUCAUAAUAAGUACUAUACUCAGAAAGCAACUAUUCCUUCACUGCAUGUCUUUGGUGAUUCUGAUCAGAUUAUAACUGCUGAUAGAUGUGAGGAGUUAAUGUCCUUCUUUGAAAACCCAAAGUCUUUGAGGCACCCUGGUGGUCAUUUUGUUCCAGGGUCUGCCCCACAGAAGAAAGUCUACAUAGAGUUUUUUGAGGAAAUGGUUCAGUACUGCCAGAAUGUACAACACAGUUGA